AUGGCUUUGGAGAGACAAUUUCCCCAUCAGGUGGCUGUUCGAUCAACAAGCGGCUCUUUGUGUGGAGGUUCAAUAAUAUCCGAAAAUUAUAUUUUGACAGCGGCCCACUGUGUGACCUCGGGAUUGCCACCGGUUAAAAAAUCAAUUGCUAGUGUCAUUGUAAAGGCCGGCAGCACCCACCUCGCUCGUGGUGGUCAAAUGUUGCGCAUUUCCCAGAUUAUAGUCCAUCCGGACUAUGAUGAUUCGGAAAAUGAUAUUGCGCUGGUGAAAUUGGAAAAACCCUUAAAGUUCGGGGAAACCAUUAAACCAAUAUCCUUGGCAUCACAAGAUCCACCAGAAGGUGCUUCAGUGGUGAUAGCCGGUUGGGGAAAUGUACGUGAAGGAGGUUUGAAAUCAAAGAAUUUGUUAUACACCACCCUGACCGCCAUCAGUCAUGAGAAAUGCAAUGCGUUGUUAGGUUAUUCUCCGAAAUCUCGAAUUUGUUUGGCCCCCCGUGGUGGCAAUGGAGCUUGUGAAGGUGAUUCAGGUGGUCCGGCGGUAUAUAAUGGUGAAUUGGUAGGUGUUACCAAUGUUAUCUAUGGUGACUGUGGUUCUGAAUAUCCCGAUGGUUAUGCUAGCGUGGCAUAUUAUAGAGAUUGGAUUAUAUUGAAUUCUGAUUUGUAA